AUGCUGAAAUCAAAAUUUUCUAAUGCCAUUCCCUCUUCAUUGUUGGAGGACAAUCGGCUAGCGCUGGCCAUUUCUAAGCUACCGAAAAACUAUAAUUUUGAAAUUUACAAGAUCGUUUGGUUUCUCAAAAGAAAUCAGUCUCGAAGAGGUUAUUUCGACCCCCUAACUGUGAUAGUUGCCCUUCAGUUUCCCGAGGGACUGCUGCUUUAUGCAUGUCUAUUAUCCGAUAUUUUUGAAGACUUUGCUGACGUGGAUUGCGUCAUUAUGGGCGAUGUCACUUAUGGGGCUUGUUGUGUGGAUGACUUUACUGCCAAAGCACUGGGGUGUGAUUCUCUAGUUCAUUUUGGGCAUUCUUGCCUAGUGCCGAUCAACGUCACCGAGGGAAUAAGAGUGCUAUAUGUCUUUGUUGAAAUCCAAUUUGAUAUUUCCCUGCUAGAAGCGCUAAUGGUGGAAAAUUUCGCCAUCACCAAAAAGCUUGCAAUCAUUUCUACCGUACAAUUCCUUAGUGCUGUUCACGUAAGCAAGGGGAAACUAUAUUCCACCCUAUCGAAGCACGGCUAUUCUUCGAUUUCCGUUCCACAAGAGCGCCCAUUAUCGGGUGGCGAGGUACUUGGUUGCACUGCGCCAUCGCUUGGAUCGUCUUCAAUUGAUUCUAUCUUGUAUGUGGGUGACGGUAGGUUUCAUCUUGAAGCAAUGAUGAUUGCCAAUCCCUCCGCCGAAGCAUAUAGAUAUGAUCCAUAUUCCAAUAUCCUAUCUCGCGAAUAUUACGACCACAACAAAUUGCAUUCUGUGCGUCUGGGUGCCAUUGCUAAAGCUAAAGGCUGUCGGCGAAUUGGAAUGGCCUUGAGCACUCUUGGUAGGCAAGGAUCUCCAAAUAUCCUAAGGCAUUUGAAGGAGCGUGCUGAAAGCCUGAACAUAGAAAUCAUCCCCAUUUUAAUUUCCGAAAUAUCUCCUUCAAAGCUAUCCCUAUUUAAAGAUGUCGAUGCGUAUGUUUUAUCCCUUCACAUAACCCGUAGCUGGAUUCAAGUUGCAUGCCCACGGCUUAGUAUCGAUUGGGGUGAAGCCUUUGAAAAGCCCCUUCUUACACCAUACGAGGCCUCUGUGCUCUUUGGCUCCAUUCCCUGGCAGUCUCAAUAUCCCAUGGACUACUACUCAAAAAAUGGUUUGGGUCCCUGGACAAACUACCAUAAUGGGAAGGCUGGCUCGAAUAUUUGUUCAAAAUAA